AUGGUUCAUAAAAAAAAAAGAACACAUACAAGUAAUCAAAGCACAAAUACAAGUGAUAGAGAGGGUAUAACUCAGUCUAUUUCAGAAUCUGAAACAGAUAGAAGUGAACAAAAUUCAGAUAUUGAAGAUAAUCCACCCUCAAAAACAAAUGAACUAUUAGCUUUGCUUAAAAGAUUGAAAACUUUGGAGAAACUCCAAGCUACUAAUGAUAAAAAUGAUUCUUCUAGUUCAGGAAUGGAGAGUACUAGUGACGAAGAUUCUAUUGCAUUACCAAUUGAAAAACCAAGUGAGACAAUGUAUAUCAAUAUUUCUAAAUUUCUCAAGAUUGAUAAGCCUAUAUAUAAUAGUUAUCGGAAUGUGCCUGAGUACCGAAGAAUAUCUGAGAAAGAAAAAAAUGAAAUUAUUAAAAGACGCAAAAAUCCAAUGUUUCCUCUUACGGUUUGUGAUUGGGCUAUUAGACAGAUGAUGAGAGGGAUCAUUAACAAUAAAUGUAAUACAGAAAAGCGUAAAAUGAAUGGUCAUUCAUCUCACAAUAGCAAAAAAAAUAAUAAAGAUCCUUCUACUGAAACACAUGAAACUCUUGAAGAAUUCAUAUCUAGCCUUGGAACUAGCUCUAUAGAAGUUACUAGAACUUCAAGUCCAGUAAGGUCAACUUCUAAUAUUAGUACAACGUCUACCUCUCGCUCUCCAUUAACUACUCUUCAACAAUCAAAUGCCGAUGAAACUCAAGAUGUAAGUUUGAAUUAUACUAUUGAAGCACUGGAGACGCCAAACUAG